AUGACAGAGGGUACUUCAACAACAACAACUCGAAAGCCGAGAGUGUCUUCACUGGCAGCUGCUGGUGUGAGCAGCACUACUACUACUGCUGCUACCCCGCCACGUCCUUCCAAGGUACCCGCCACAAGAGGAGCUUCAGGAACCACCACCACUUCCACCACACGAGCCACAAGAACUCCCUCUGUUACAGGAGUAACAAGAACACCUUCAACAGCUUCACGUGCAACUGCCAGCACGGCAUCACGCAUGGCUAAGAGUAAUGCUGACGGAUCCACCACAAGCACCAGCACAACUCGUUCCUCUGUUCGCUCAACCACAACGAGUGCCUCUUCAACACGUACCCCGCUCACUUCUCGACCCACUAAAACACCAAUCAGUCGCACAAGCAGUACUCUUAGCAAGACAUCAACCUCAUCAACCUCGUCAACAUUACGCAAAACCACUUCACCUACUGCUUCAACUACUUCGGCUGCUAGGCGCACAUCGGUCACCCCUGCUUCCCCAACCACUGCCACACGCAAACCAUCCGUUGUUCGUACUACGACAUCCACCGCCAAUGGGAUCAAACCUUCCGAAGCUGUGGCCGAGCUCAAGGUACUUCGUGCCAAGAAUGAGGAACUUAAAGCAUCAUUGGAAGAAAAGCAACAACAGCUGGAUGCCAAGGAAACGGAUUUGAAUGAGCUUAAGGCCAAGUUGAGUGAGGUGGAGGCAUCACUUGAUGAGCAGCAAAAGAGCGCAGCGGAGAAAUCGGUAACACCAGCAUCAGCAGCUGAGGAUGAGGAUGUAGAUGGAGUAGAAGAUCAAAAAGAUGAAGCUAGCACAACAACAGCAGCAGCACCCGAAACGCCUACACCUACACCUGAUGUAUCCAUCGAAGCACUCAAGGCUGAGAUUGAACAACUUGAAAAACAACUUCAGGACGCCAAAGAAGCUGCUGAUGCUCAGGUGGCUCAAAUCCGUAGCGAGCAUGAAGAGGAACGUGCAGCAGCUACACGUGAGCAGGAAGCCCUUGAAGAACGGUUGCGAGACAACACUGAAAAGCUACGCACCAAGUUGGAAGGAGAAAAGGAUGCUAUGCAAACUCAGAUUCGUGAAAAGGAAAAGGAGAUUGCCAAGCUCAAGAAUGACAUGGAUGAGAUGAGAGACAAUAUUCAGGAAAUGCACAAGUCACAUCAAACACGUUUGACCAGCUUGACAAAUCAAAUCAAUCAGCAACAUGCCGAGCAAACAGAGUCUCUCAAAGCACAAUAUGAAUCUGAGCUGAAGGAUUUGCGUGAAAAGUAUGAGGCAACAUCUGGAAAUGCUGAUACCGAAAAGGCAACUGAGACUGAAACCUUGGAGUUGAAAGAACAAUUAGAGGCAGCAAAGAAAGAAGCCGCCGAAUUGAAAGAAUCCUAUGAGAAUCAACUCGCUGAGCUACGUGCAGAACAUGAAAAGGCAUUGAAAGAGUUGCAGGAUCAUAAUGAAGCUAUGGAGGUGGAGCAAAAGCGCAAAUUGGAUGAGAUUACCCAAUCGUUCAGGGCCGAAAUCUCAGCAUUGCAGCAGUCGCACAAUUCCCGAUUGCAAUCCAUCACCGAAUCUCAUGAAAAGCAGCUGGAAGAUGUACGCAAGGCUGUGAGUGUAUCAGCUGUAGAAGAGGCUCGAUCCAGUAUUGAGGCUGCAUGUCAACAAAAGUUUGAACAAGAUCUUGCUGCAUCCAAGAGUGAUUUUGAAGCAUUGCUGGACAAGUUGGAAGCUGAGAAGCGUGCUGUUGCAGAGGAGAAUGAAGCACUUCAAGCGGCUGCUGCCAAGGAGAAGCAAGCAUUGAUGGAUGAAUACGAGCAUCGCAUUGAGCAGGAAAAGGAACUUGAAAAGACUCGUUUACUUGAGGAGCAUAACAAGCAAUUGGCUGAUCUUGAAAAGAAACAUGCUGCAGCAUUGGAUGAAAAACUUGCAUCGGCUACCGCAUCAGCAACGGAUUCAGCCAAGGAUCAAAUUGAUGCUGCAUUGCAAGAACAAGCCCAAAAGCAUGAGAGUCAAAUCAAGCAAAUCACAGCCGAACGCACCGAAGCUGAAGCCAAAAUUCGUGCUGAAUUGGAGCAAAAGAUGGAACAACUUGCUGCUGGUCAUCAACAAGCCAUGGAACAAUUGCAAGAGCAUCAUCGAUUACGUGUGGAGCAAUUGGAAGAGGAUAUCAGCAAACAUGCAGAUCAGCAAAAGGAGCUCGCUGACAAGCACAAGGAGGAAUUGGAUCAUUUGUCAAACAACCACAAGGGCAGUUUGGAUGAUAUCAAAAAGGAAGUUGAGGCUGCGUUGAAAGAUUUACACGCUGCUGAGUUGGCCCAAUUGACCAAGGAGCAUGAAUCAAAGAUGAAGGAGGCUCAAAUGCAGUAUACUCUUGAUCGCGACAAGGAACGUGAUGCCCUAGUCCAAUCCCAUCAAGACGAGUUGAAGAAGCGAGAAGAGGAAUUGCAGUCUCAAAUCAAGGCUCAUCAAGAAGAGGUGAAAAAGAUCAAGGAGGAAUAUGCCAAUGCUGUUGAAGACACGCAUCGUACUUCUCAGGCUGUUCAGAGUGAAGCAACCGAGCAAUUGCAAAAAGAGCUUUCCGACCUGAAAGAAAAGCAUGCUGCUGAAUUACAAGCUCAAGAGGAAAAGAUGCGCCAACAAGAACAGGAUCAUCAACAACAAAAGAGCGAGCUUGAAGCAGCACAAGCAGCUGCCAUUGCCGAAUUGGAAGCCAAGGUUGCACAAGAUCAACGUUAUGCGGAUGAGAUGCGUGAACGUGAGGAAGCUCAUCAGCAAGCGCUUCGUGAACGAGACGAUGCACAUCAACAAGCGAUCGAGAGCCUUAAGCAAACCCACGCUGAUGCAAUGACCGAUUUGGAAGCUCAAUUGAAAAAAGCACAUGAGGAAGCCAUUCUACAGCUGGAAAGCAAGCUUCGACAAGAUCACCAGCAAAUGCUUGAAGAUCGUGAUAAGCAGCAUUCCGAUGCAUUGGCCAAGUUGAAGGAGACACAUGCAACUGCUGUGGCUGAUUUGCAAGCAAGUAUCCAAUCCAAUGGUGACGCUAAUGAGGCAAUGGAAAAGGCACAGGCAUCCAUCCGAGCUGAAUAUGAAGCACAAUUGGAAAUGACCAAGCAGGAGCAUGUUGCUGCAGUUGACAAGUUGCACCAAGAGCAUGCCUCGGCACUUGAACAAGCUGGUGUCAAAGCUCGUGAAGAGGCUAGUAAGAAGAUCGAAGAUGCAAAGGCAUUGUUGAAGCAAGAGCAUCAAAAAGAGAUUGAGGCCUUGGCUGCUGAGCAUUCUUCUGCCAUCCAAGAGAUCGAGCAAAAGCAUCAGCAAAAGAUUGACAGCUUGUUAUCAGAGCAUUCAAGUGCCAAACAACAAUUGGAACAAGAGCAUCAGCAAAAGGUUGAGAGUUUGAUCGUUGAGCAUUCGACUGCCAAACAACACCUUGAGCAAGAAUAUGCAUCAUUCCGUGAAGAGACCAGCAAGGCACAAGCUGCACUUGAGCAGAGCUACAAGGAUAAGCUGGGUGAUGUGGAUGCACAUCAUGAAAGCGAAUAUACGAGAAUACGUGAAGAGAUCGAGUCGAAUGCACAAAAGGACAUUGAAGCAGCAUGGAAUGAAUUGGGCGAGAAGCACAAACAAGAGAUCCAGGCACUCAAUGACAAACACGCGGCUGAUACUGAAACAUUGAAAUCUCAUCACGCUCAGGCGAUGGAUGCUCUGAAACAGCAACUGCAAGCGGCUCAAUCGGAAUCUGAGAACUUUGCAGCUGAAGCUGAAUCGUCCAAGAACAGAGCCAUGGAAGUGGAAAACAGACACAACGAGGCCAUUCAAACAUUGCAAGCCAAAUUGGAAGCAGCGGAGCGUAAACAUAAGGAGGAUAUGGCAUCAUUACAAGAGCAAGUUGAAACUGAGCGUGAGCGAUCCAAACGCCGAGACGAAGAAAUGAAACGAGUGGAUGAUGAAUUGAGACGACAGCAAUCUUCAGGUGAUCGAGAAGAAGAGUUGCGUGCCAUGAAGAUCUCGUUUGAAAAGAUGAUCAGUGCAAAGGACAAAGAAAUUGAAGAGGUGGAAGAACGAUUACGAUUGGCUAUGGCUAGAAAUGCCGAGCAUGGUAAUUCACAACAAGCAGCUGCUGAAUUCGAACAACGUUUGCAAUCGGUGGCCACGCAGCAUCAAAAAGAAUUGCGAGUGUUGCACCAAAGUCAUCAAAAGAUGCUUGAUUUGAAGGACAAGGAGCUUGAAGACUUUUCAUAUCGAUUAAGGACGGUGACCAGCACACAGCAAAAGGAUUUGGAAAAGUUGCAUCAAGCGAAUAGAACCAAGAUUGCCGAGAUGGAAGAGAAGAUGCGACAAUUAGAAGCACAAUUGAAGUCCAAGGAGAUGGAGAACAGGUGGCUUGAGGAUGAUGUGGAGAGCAGUGAGACAAAACUAAAAGAGCAAGCGUCCAAGAUGGAGGAAAUCUUUAACGAGAAUAAUCGAUUGCAUGACGAGAUCAAUCAAUACAGGGAGGAAAACAUCAAAAUGCUCGGUGUCAUUGAUUCCCUGCAGCGACGAUGA